UUUGUCAAAAUGGAGUUGCAUUUGAUUUUUUGUUUGCGGGGUUGGAUUUUCCAGCUCUUAAAGAAUUACCAAAUGGAAUUUGUCAAUCUGGCCGGCGUUAGUCGUAGUUUAUACUUGCACGUUUCUUUAACUCUAUCUGCUUACUUUAUCGUGGUUCGUCGAUCGCUCGAGUUCGUGUUCCAUCGCUCGAUCAUUUUGGUGAGAUUUUCUUUCAACUUAUAUUGAAAGUCUCUGAUCAUCUAACCCGCUAUGAAAGUAUGUUAAUUUGUUUAGAUGUUCGCCAGCAGUAGUUUGUUGUUUGAUGUAUCGUUUUUUUCCCGAUUUGAUGAGUUGCAUUAAAAAUUGCUGCAUUGUUUUACGAAUCUUAUGUGUAGGUUUCUUUUCCAAUUCGAUCAAGUCGUUACAAAUUUGAUUUAGGUUCUGAAGGAAAGUUCAAUUCUAGUGAAAAUUGGAAAUCUAUCCUUCAAGACGACAAUGAUGUUAGGGUUCACCUUCACUUAAUCUGCUAGUAGAACUGUUGAAUCAUGAAAUAUAUUGCAAAAUAACAUGCAGAUCAGGAGAUUAUUACCCUUCGUUUUACUAAUUCCAUUGCUCCAUUUCCCCCAAAUCAAUAACAUCUUUAGAUUACAGACAGUUCAGGGGGUCAAUUGGACUUUCAGAGACUCAAUUGUUGAAAUGUAUCUCUAUUUUGAAUACUAUUUCUUCAAUUACUCUUUCUGCCUUUAAGGGAUGGCUGUGGUACUAAUGGGUGUAAGCGGUGUGGGGAAAUCAACAAUAGGAGAAUUGCUUGCGAAAACUCUAAACUGUAGCUUCAUCGAUGCCGAUGAUUUUCAUCCACAAUCAAACAAAGAAAGACAAGAUGAAGAACAGGAUCCCUUUAUCAAAUGAAGAUCGUAUCCCAUGGCUUGAAGUGCUUCGGGAUUUAUUGAAUGCAAGCUUGGUGAGUGGCAAGAUUGUAAUUCUUGGGUGUUCUGCCCUUCAGAAAAAAUAUAGGGACAUUCUUAGAUCUGCUGACCCGAAUUUUAAGGGUGAUUAUUUGUGUGAAAAAUGUGUUGUGAAGUUUGUUUUGUUGGAUGUUGGGGUGGAGUUGCUUAUGAAUCGAGUGACGAAAAGAGUGGCAGAAGGGAACCAUUUUAUGCCUGCUGAAUUGCUUCAGUCGCAAAUCGAUUUACUUGAGGUUGAUGUGUCUGAAGGGAUACAUAAAGUUGAUGCUUCAAGGAGUCCUCAAGAUAUUGUUGAUGAGAUUAAAGCGUUGGUAUUCUGAUCUAAAGUAUAUUGAUGUUGCUGUUGAUUGUAUUGCUAUUAUUCUACAACACCAAUUAUUUACUCUAAUACAUGUAUAUUCCAUUUAUGUUUCACUAAUCAAAAAGCAACUUUAAAUAA